GUAGCAUGUAUUACGGAAAAACAAAAUCUAACAGCUUUAGUCGUUAGUUAUAAAGAAAAAAUUCGACAAUUGCGACAAACAACAAUUGCACCGCCUCCAGCAAGUAUGCUGCCAUUUUUCCAAGAAAUAAUAAAUAAAGUUGAAAAUCACCAGACAACAAUGAAUUCGAAUAUCGUGGCUAAAUUGGCAAAUUGUAAUGGAAAGGACUGGCAAGACACGACAAGGCGUUUGCUAGCUGCCUGUCUUCCAGGGGUUGAUCUAGCUGCAAAAAAUUAUGAAAUGUUACACAGUACGGAAUCCGAUUUACUUGAAGAAAUCUAUAGUAAGUACUUAAGAGUUAGCUGAGCUCUGCUAAAAAUGCCUACAUUUUAUCCCACAUUGACUAGUUUUAAACGUUGUAACGAACGUAUCGUGCGUUGCAAUUUAUGUCGGGCUGGCAUCUUCUAGUUAUUAUAAUCUGGACG